CCCGCGCGCGCGUUCGCUGCCCGAGCCUCCCCGGGCGGGGCCGCGCAGCCUGCUGGGAGCUGUAGUCCUGGUCCGGGAGGCGCGGAUGGAUGACGUCAGAGGAGCGCGACGCGGAGAUGGACGCCCAGCGCGCGCUGGAGCUGCUGCACAUGACCGUCUUCUCCCAGAGCGUCUCGCCCUGCGGCAAGUACCUGGCAGCUGGGAACAACUAUGGGGAGAUCGCCAUCUUCAGCCUCUCGGCGGCGCUGAGCUCCGAAGCCAAGGAGGAGAGCAAGAAGCCGGUGGUGUCCUUCACAGCCCACGACGGCCCGGUCUACGCCAUGGUCUCCACCGAGCGGCAGCUGCUCAGCUCUGGCAACGGCGAGCUCAGGGCCUGGAACUGGAGUGACAUCGUCAAGAAGGGGUGCAAGGAAGCCUGGAGCCGCAGACCCCCGUACAGGAGUAGCCUGGAGGUGCCCGAGAUCAACAGCCUGCAGCUGAACCCCAAGGAUAACAGCAUCCUGCUGGCCGGGGGCGACUGUGCCGUGCACGCCAUGGACCUGGAGUCCGGCACCUUCACCCACGAGCUCCGGGGGCACAGCGACUACGUGCACUGCCUGGCGCUGCGGGACCAGUCCCAGGAGUGUCUGUCGGGCAGUGAGGACGGCACCGUGCGCAUGUGGGAUCUACGCACCGGGGCGCAGGUCCAGCUCAUUGAAGUGCACAAAUACGAGGAAUGCAGCCGGCCCCAGCAUGGGAAGUGGAUCCGGUGCCUGGCGACAGACUGUGACUGGAUGGUGUGCGGGGGGGGCCCGGCGCUCACCCUCUGGCACUUGCGCUCCGUGACCCCCACCACGGUCUUCCCCCUGCCCCACUGCCAGCAGCACGUCAUGUUCUACCAGGACCUGAUCCUCUCGGCAGGGCACAGCCCGGCCAUCAACCACCUGCAGAUCAGCGGGGAAGUCAGGGCCCAGAUCCCCUGCACGCCCCGCUCCGUCCACUCGCUCUGCGUCAACGAGCGCUCCCCGGAGCACAAGGUGCUGACGGCCGCCGGGAGCAGCCACAAAGUCGACGUCUUCACCAACUUCAGCUACCGGGCGUUUUCCCUCUGCUUCGCGUGCGCCCCGUUCCCCUCCCCGCUCCUCCCCACUCCCCUCCCCCACCCCCGCUCCCACGCCCCUUCAGCUACCGGGCGUUUUCCCUCUGCUUCGCCUCUGGGGUGCGGCCUGCUGCCGGUUCGUCACAGCUCGCGAUACAGCACCUCCGCCUCCACCCAGGCCGCCGGGCUCGGGGCUCUCUCUGCCCGGUAG